CAGUCAUCACACACACUGCUUGGUCUUCCUUCCCGUCGGCUUUUCACAUAUUCUCUCUCCUCUCUCUCUCUCUCUGGUGUGUGUAUAUAUAUAUUGGUGUACAGAUUAAGGCCAUUCAUUUGUAGCUUCGAUAAUACGUCUGAGUUGGAAUUAGCGUCACGAGCAUCGUUCAGAAGAAGAGUUUGUUCUUCAACCAAUAAUCACCACGAGAAAGAGCAUCAUUUUUAUCGCAAAGGAAAUAUGAAUCUCAGUAUGGAAGUUGUAACUGUCUCCCUUUGUUUUACCUUUCUAGUGUUAUCUGUUGGUGGAUUUUCCAGAAAUCUUCCGAUAGUUUCGUUCGAGGAAGGCUAUUCGCAGCUUUUUGGAGAUGAUAAUCUUAUGGUUCUCAGAGAUGGAAAUUCCGUUCACCUCUCUCUGGAUGAGAGGACAGGUGCUGGUUUUGUGUCGCAGGACCUGUAUCUCCACGGACAUUUUAGUGCUUCCAUCAAGCUUCCUGCAGAUUACACUGCCGGUGUUGUUGUUGCGUUUUAUAUGUCGAACGGUGACCUGUAUGAGAAGAACCAUGAUGAAAUAGAUUUUGAGUUUCUGGGGAACAUAAGGGGUAAAGACUGGAGAAUCCAGACGAACAUUUAUGGAAAUGGAAGCACAAGCGUUGGCAGAGAAGAACGAUACGGCCUCUGGUUUGAUCCCUCUGAGGAUUUCCACCAAUACAGCAUCGUCUGGACUGAGAAUCUUAUUGUCUUUUACGUCGACAAUGUUCCCAUUAGAGAGAUCAAAAGGACAGAUACAAUGGGUGGGGACUUCCCCUCCAAGCCAAUGUCUCUCUACGCCACAAUCUGGGAUGGUUCCACUUGGGCCACAAAUGGAGGAAAAUACAAAGUCAGUUACAAAUAUGCCCCUUACAUAGCAGAAUUCUCCAAUUUCGUCCUCCAUGGAUGUGCUAUUGACCCUAUUUACCAUGCCAAAUGCGAAGACAGCCCAAAAUUCUCCUCUAUGGACAGUGGCAUAACAAACACACAUAGAACAAAAAUGGUGAGGUUCAGGAAGAACUAUCUCCAGUAUUCAUAUUGCUAUGAUCAUUCUCGCUACGAAACUCCACCUUCCGAAUGUGUUAUCGAUCCCAAGGAAGCCGAAAGGCUCCGAGGAUUUGAUCCAGUCACAUUUGGCGGAGCAGCCCAUCGCCACCGUGGUAAGAGGCACCGUCGAGGCAAAGCAUCUUCCUUCUAGGGAAGGUAUGUUUCCUAUUUGGUUCACAAGUGCUCAUUAUUAUUGUUAGUUCUCUUCAUUUUGAUUACUUGGUGAUGUUUUGUUUGGCUGUGUAUAGAAUUAAAGAGCAUGAGCAUAAACUUUGAUGAUGAUAUUGAUAUAUAUAUAUAUAUGUACGUAUCUGUGUAUGCCAUUGAGGAUCAUGAUGGGGCAUGUGUGUGCAUGUAUUUAUCAUACCUGCUACACCAUUAGGCACCCUUUAAAAUAAUGUCCCCUCGCCCAUAUAUGUUAUCAUUAUGUUAUGCCUUUAGCUUUCA